UAAAAAAAAAAAAGAAAAAAAAAUGUAUCAAACGAUUAUUUUAGGAUCUGUACUAUUGGUAACGCUUUACGUUUUGAAGCGUAUGCGUGAUCCAAAAUUGGAUAUGCCACCACUCGUUCGUUAUAAAUAUCCAAUUAUUGGACAUACUUAUGAUUUUGUGACCAAUAGUGAAGGACUCCUUAAACAAUGUAGAAAAGAGUACGGUGAUAUUUUCAGUUUAUAUAUUUGGGGUGAAGUAAAUACAUUUGUUGGAAAAGAACAUAUACAAGAAGUGUUAACAAGAGAUGAUUCAUUUGAUUUUGGACGAGCAUUCGAAAAAUUUUUACCAUUAGCUUCAUUGCUUAAAAGUUUAAUUAAAUUUACAAAUUCGACAAAAGUACUUAAAGAAUCUAUCAUAAAUAAACUAAAAUUUUAUACUGGACGUAUGCAAAAAUGUCUCAAUUUGGCCACUCAAAGAUAUAUCGGUGAUUGUGAUGAACCAAAAGUUAUUAGAAAUAUAUAUCCUUUAAUGACUAGAAUUAUUGCUAAUCCAAUUGCAAAUAUGUUUGUUGGUGAAGAGGAAUCACAAUAUGAUGAUGUUAUAAGUACAUUUUCAGAAUUUACGACUGAUGCAGUAAAAAUUAUGAGAAUUCCACCGUUUCUUGAUUUUAUCUAUCCAGGACUUCAAUAUUUCGUCAAACAUAUUUUGUUAAGUUUAGAAUUAUAUAAUCCAGCAGUUAAACAUCGAAAGGUACUUAUUAAACACCUUAAAAAUCAAAUUACUAAACGGUUACAAGAGAAAGAAAAAUAUGGAAAUUCUUGGAAACGUCCUGAUGAUUUCAUUCAAGAUAUUAUGGAAGAAGAAAGUUUUGAUCCUAAUAAUAUUAAUUAUGAAGAAAUAUCAGAUAAAUUAUGUUUAUUUAUUUUCGUAUCGAUUCAUACGACAUCAAAUAGUUGUACACAUGCUAUUAUGAAUUUAGCAUCUCGACCUGAAUAUGUACAAGAAUUAUAUGAAGAACAAUUGGAAGUUCAAAAAGUAGCAGAUGAAAAUGGUUUACUUCCAUUUGAAGCACUUAAUAAUAUGGAAAAAUUAGACAGUUUUGUUAGAGAGUCUUUAAGAUUAUCUGAUGGUUUUGCAACAAUUCCACAUAUUGCAUUAAAAGAUUAUACGUUCUCUAAUGGAUUACAAGUACCAAAAAAUCGUCCAGUCUUUCUUUAUGUGAAUGAUGUUUACCUAGAUGAAUCUUUACAAGGACCAAAUCCAAAAUCAUUUGAACCAUUCAGACAUGUAGAUACGAAUGCUUCGGCUUCAAAAAUCGGUAAAAACUUUGUUAUAUUUGGAGGUGGUAAACACGCAUGUCCUGGAAGACAACUUGCUGUAAACGAAAUUAAAUUCUUUUUACAUAAUAUUAUAUUAAAAUAUAAUUUACGUACUGAAAGUGGUAAAAUUGAGGGACCAAACAUAUUUGGUCCAGUAAAACGUCCAAGCGAUGCUGGAAUUAUUUUUGAAAAAAGAAAAUAAUUGUGAAAAAUAUACAUCAACAUUUUUUUUUUUAAUUAAUUAAUUCUUUUCAUUAAGUAUUUUUGCAUUUAAUAUAAAUAUUUUACGCCUUAAUUUUUGUUUUUUAAUAAAAAGAAAACAAUCUUGAUAGAAAAAUUUCGAUAGUAACCUUUAUCUGUUUAUGGAAAUACGAUUCUUAAUAUGCAGUAACUGCAUUGUUACUACAUUGUUAGUAAAUAUGCAGUUACUGCAUAUUGAGGAAUUAAGUUUUCGUAAAGAAUAUAUUAAAGUUUAGACGUAAAUAAUUUUAAAUAAUUUCGUUCGUACGUUCAAUUAGAAUUUUUCAAACAAAUCUAAAAUUUUAUAUAAUUUAAAAAUUAAAAAAUCUUGCUAAAUUCUUUUCUACAACUAUGAUAUAAUACUAUAUUUCUAAAAUUAUAU